AUGAAGGUGAUAGCUUUUACUGAGACUUGGCUCAAUUGUAAUAUAAAUAAUUCUGAAUUGAUGGACUCUCGUUACGUGAUUUAUCGUAGGGAUAGAGUUAUUACAGCCACGUCCAAACAGGAUGGGGGAGGAGUGUUGCUGGCGGUCUCUAAAGAACUCCAAUCAAGGAGAAUGCCUGACUGGGAGAGCGCAGGCGAGGAUCUAUGGGUUGUUGUUGAUGUUGAUCUUUGUGGUAAAUCUGAGAAGUUGGCUUUGUGUGUCGUUUAUCUACCUCCUACGUCUAGCACGCAAAUGAAGUUAAAAACCUUGAGUGAUUUUUUAAACUCUGCCAGUCGCGUCUUACUAAAAAUGAAUAAAGUUGUCAUAUGUGGCGAUUUUAAUUUAAGUUUUAUUGAUUGGGUGUUUGAUAAGGACACUCUGCAGAUUAUUCCUAGCAAUUAUAAUAACUCUAUUGGUACCGCGUUUGUUGAUUUUAUGCUUACUAAUAGUUUGAAUCAAAUAUGCGCUGUUCGAAAUUGUGAUGACAGGAUCCUGGACCUGGUCCUUACUAAUGUUUCUGGUGGUUCGGUUGUGCAAUCUUCAGACUUACUAAGUAAGCUUGAUCCGUUCCAUCCAAGUUUCGAGAUAACAUUUAGCCUUUCACCGACGUGUUUUUUGCGUCCAGUAUUGGGAGAUUAUCGUAGUUUCUACAAAGCUAAUUAUGAUAGAAUUCGGCAGCACUUGGGUGAAAUUGACUGGAGCGAGAGGUUUAGUCAUUGCGAUGAUGUCGAUAGUAUGACAUUAUCUUUCUAUAAUGAAUUAUAUAGUGUCAUAGACGCUAAUGUGCCUUUGACGACUAUGAAGAAGUCAAGGCAUCGACCGCCCUGGUAUACUAACGCUCUUGUAGGAAUGCUCACCGAAAAGGAAAAGAUUAGAAAAAGGUACGCCCGUUAUAAAAAUCCCCGUGAUCAUUUGGAGUUAAAAAUUUUGAGAAACCUUUGCCAUAAUUUAAAUAAAACUUGUUUAUCUCGUUAUAAAAGACGCAUGGAAGAGAGUAUUCAGAAGAAUCCCAAAACUUUUUGGCGUUAUAUAAAUAAAAAACGUAAUGGCGAUAACUCUGUCCCUUCUGUGAUGGAUUCUGGUAGUGAGUCUGCGAAUUCUGGUCAAUCUAUAGCGCAGUUAUUAGCUGAUCAUUUUUCCUUAGCCUGUAGUGAUUCUCAGCCUGUUUUACCGCUGUCUGUCGAGUCAAGUUUUAGUAAAAUAUCUGUCGUUUGGUAA